GUUCGGCUCAGAGUCGCCUCGGCUGCCACAGUGAACAGCAGCUCCUGAAGAAUAAGGAAAAAUACAGGGUUUCAUUGUUUUGCUUUUCCAGGGAAGGUGGAACUCUAAGAGGGAAGGAUUGAUCUCAACUCUGGCUUUUAUUUUUCCUCCGUGUGCAAAGAAAACACACGAAGCUCGGAGCAGCGAUGGAUCUGAACCAUGUCGUCUUUCUGCUGGUCCUCUGCUGCUUCUACAAGGAGUCGGUUGCAUCAACUCCAGAGGACAACAACAAGGAGCAUCUGAACCAGAUAUAUUCGGCGCAGUUUGAAUGUUUCCAGAGGAUCACGAAGGAAUCCCACCGCAAAACCAAAUCCAGCGGUGGCCCGGUGUGUAACACCACGUGGGACGGAUGGUUGUGUUGGGAUGAAGCUGAAGCUGGACUCACAGAGCAGAGCUGUCCAGAUUACUACAAAGACUUUGACCCCCACGCGAUGGCGUCCAAAGUUUGCACGGAGACGGGGGAGUGGGGUCGCCACCCGGAGAGCAACCGGACGUGGACCAACUUCACCAACUGUAAAGCCAACGUGACGCACCAGAGGACUGCGGCGAUGACCCACUUCUACCUGGUGAUGAUCGGUCACGGACUGUCGCUGGUGUCGCUGCUCAUAUCACUGGGAAUAUUCUUCCACUUUAAGAGUCUGAGCUGCCAGAGAAUAACCCUCCACAAGAACCUGUUCCUGUCCUUCGUCCUGAACUCCGUCAUCACCGUGGUCCGGUUGACCACCGUGGUGAAGAAACAGGGACACAACUCCAACGAAUCUGUGAGUGAUGCUCCUGUUUACCUCAGGUCUGUCUGGGGGUUUCUUUGGCUCAUUGUUGGUGUUUUCCAGGGAAGCUGUAAGCUGUUGAUGUUCAUCCACCUGUACCUGCUGAGCUGUAACUACUUCUGGAUGCUCUGUGAGGGCAUCUACCUGCACACGCUCAUCGUGGUGGCUGUGUUUGCAGAAAAGCAGCACCUCAUGUGGUAUUAUCUGCUCGGCUGGGGGUUUCCACUCAUACCGGCGGUGAUUCACUCCAUAGCUCGCCUCUGUUACUACGACGACAACUGCUGGGUGAGUUCGGCCACUUCGCUGCUCUACAUCAUCCACGGUCCAAUCUGCGCCGCCCUGGUGGUGAACCUUUUCUUCCUGCUGAACAUCGUCCGGGUUCUCAUCACCAAGCUGCGAGUGACCCACCAGGCCGAGUCGAGCCUCUACAUGAGGGCGGUCCGGGCCACCCUCAUCCUCAUCCCGCUGCUCGGCAUCCAGUUCGUCCUGCUGCCCUACAAGCCUCACGAGCACUGGGUGUUCGAGAUCUACCUGUACAUCAUGGACAUCCUCAUGCACUACCAGGGUCUCCUGGUUUCUACAAUAUUCUGCUUCUUCAACGGGGAGGUUCAGACUGUUCUUCGGAGACACUGGAACCUACAGCGGAUGCAGUUCGCCGGCACGUUUGCCAAUGCAGACUUCUUCCGCUCGGCCACCUCCGUAGCAUCGUCCCUCACCGAGGUCCACCGCUGCUACAGCAUCGAGAGCCACACCGAGCACAUGAAUGGAAAGAGCUACUCGGACAUAUUCAGGUCGGACAGCCCCUUCGUCUGAGGACGCCCAUCCACGUUCCCGCUUUCUUCUGCAAAGAUUGAUCCUGGAGUUAAGUUUGGUUUUUCUUUCAUCUCCCAAGCAAAAAAUAAAAAUCAUAUUUUACUUUUCUGGCAAAUCAAUAGAAAGAAAAGUACCAAAGACUGUUUCUUCAUAAUUACGCUGUAAAGCUGUUGAGACGGGCUGUUGUUGGACAGGAAGACACGGUGAAUCAAACAGCCUCUAGAUCUACCAUCAACACGAGGGAUUCAUUCUUUCUGCAUCGUGUGGAUUCUACCUGAAGAGUCCUCGAUGGACAGGAAGCUGUUCUGUUGAGCUGACAGAGAGAGAAGUUAUUACGUUCUCAUGGCAUUUCAAGAAUAUUGAUGCAAAGUUCAGAAAGUUUGGCCAAAGUGGGAACGUGAAGCUGUGAUGCUGCAAACAGGAGGCCGAAUGUUCACACUGAUUAAUGCAACUUUAAUGAAUCGGAGCAGAUUGGAGUGGCAAAGAAGGAGGUAAAAUUUUGGAAAAGCAACUUUGCAGUAGCUUUGGUGUCAGAUUAAGUGCCACAAUACCACAAAAGUAAAGCAAAAAAAGCACGAAAACUUACAAUAAACCCUGAAUUUGCUUUAACAAAUACCAUUUCUGCUUUAGCUACUUUUCAAUUCAAGGUCUGCAUCCUAGACUGAACUCCCCCUUCAGGUAAAUUUUCUAUUUAUGUGUUUUUUCGUCUCCUCGAAGGUAAACAAAUAAUGAGAUUCACAUCCUAAUUUUGUCAGAUGUAUAAGCUUCCUUUGUCCAGCUUGGCAAUCUUUUAAGUUAAUGUGUUUUUUCACUUGAUGUCUGAUUAUUCCAAAAUGCUGGAGAGACGAUUGUGAGAGGAAAAGUGCAUGUCUUUGUACAUAUAUGUGAUUGUUUGAUAUGACAUAUAAUGAGGCACAUAGUAUGAAUUUGUACAUUGCAUUUAGACUGUCACUAGUGUGCUUUACAUUAUUUUCCAGGCAGUUAAGAACACAUCAUUGUAUUGCAUUGCUCACAGCUGGUUUAUCACAGUAUAAAGCUGAAUUUGUAAAAAAAUUGUGUCCAGGUAACAAAAUCAAACUGAUUCGACACCUUACUUUGGAGCACAAAAUGAUCGUUAACAUCAAACAUCAGAUCUCUUAAUAAAAGGUUACUUUCCUGUCAGGUGUGAAGAGCUGCUGGUUUCGGCCUUCAAUAACAGGAAUUACACGUCAUUAUCUCCUGCAAUAAGAACUCAACCAACAGUGUAAAAGCAAGAAAAAUUUAAUGUAGGUUUGCAUUAACUGAAAACGGGAACUUUAAUAACUGUCCAAGGGUAACAAAACCACAAAUAUGUGGUUUAAUGUUUUCAUCUAUAGAAAAAAGCCAACAAAAAUGGUUCAAAAUGUCAAACUAAACAUGCAGCACUGAACAAUAAAUUAAAAACUCAGAGAUUAUUUUCUUAAAAAUGUAAUGCUUUAUGAAUCCAGAAUUUCUACAGUGAUUUCUAUGCAGAUUUUUUGUGAUAGAAUAAACACUGUUGACAUCAUAGAUAUUGCAUUUUGCUAUUAAAAUACUGAUAAAUGCAGCUAACUGUGCUGAACUAGUGUGCUACUUUGAGGACAAAAAUGUCUUGAUUAGUUGCAUUAAAUUCUUAAAUUAGUAGUUUGUUGUUUUUGGGAAAACAAUUGGGCUUUUUUGCUGAGAGUGAAAUGAGAAGAUUGACACCACUAUAUGCUAAAUAUUAAGCAAUGUACAGCCAGUUAAAGCUGUGCUAACUAGCUGGUUAGCUUUGCAUUAGCAUAAAGACCGGAAAUGAGAAAAGCAGCUAGCCAAACAAACAGUUUACUUACUAGCAGUAACAUGAUACCUUAUUUCUUCUAAAGCCCAUGAUUUAACAUGUUGUACCUCACAUCUUCUUAUCUGUUUAGUCAGAUUUUGUUGAGUUUGGACAGAAACAUGCUAGCUGUUCCUCUCUUUCAAUACUUUGUGCUAAAAUUGAGCUAACAGGUUUUUUUUAUUAGCCUAACAUUAGCAUAAGGACUGGACACAGAGGCACAGCUAGCCAAGUAAAAGCAGUCUACUAACUAACAGAGUUUGUUGGCUUUUAAGAGCCACUAGCUGCUGUUAGCUGUUCGUUAUGUUAAUGUUAAGCUAACGUUAGCUGGUGGGUUUAGCAUUAGCAUUAAGACUGGAAACAGCUAACACCUAGCCAAACAAAAAUAACCUACUAGCACUUCUGAAGCUCAUUAAUCAACAUGUUAUAUAUUUACCUGUUUUUAUCUGUUUAUUCACAUAAACAGAGUCAUGCUAGUUGUAUCACCACUUCAGUUUUAAAUACUCAUGUUCAGCUAGCUAGCUAAGCUAACCCUGCUGAUUCCAGCUUCCUACUGAUCGUUCCGACUGAAAGGUGGUAUCAAUCUUCUCGUCUUACAGCAGCUAAAAUAUUUUCCAAAAAUCUGCUUUGUGUCAAAUUUUUGUGAGGAAAACUCUUUAUAAGGAUGGGUGGAGCUUUUUCAACACACAAUAUAAAUAAAAAGAUUGUUUGUGUUGCUAUUAGCAUGGGCUAAGCUAGGACACGGACACUACAGUGGACAUCUGCGAUAAAAUAUUGCCCCAUAAAGGCUUAUUUACUGCAUUUUCUGUCACUUUUGACUGUAUUUCAUGGCCUUCUUGAGCAAAUGAAGCUUGCACAUAAUUUGAAAGUUCCAUUUGUCAGAUAAGGCCUUGGGAGUCACUUGAAAAUGAUCAGAAGACCCUUUUGGAAUAAUUUAUCACAGAUGUCAGUAAAAGUCUGAAUUUCGUUGUUAUUUUUUUAAUAUAGUGCUUGUUUAUCCUGAAGUAAUAAUGCUGUAAAUAAAAACAGAUUGUUUCAAUCUGAAAUUCA